AUGGGAGGUGGGUCCUGGGUCGUGCAGGAGGGCUUCCUGCUCUGCAAGCGCGAUGAUCCUGCAUCCCCACGCAAGCUCUACGUAGUGCUCACAAUGAACCGCAAGCUUGAGUUCUUCGACGGCAGCGACAUCGAGACACGCAGCAAGGUAGACUCUGCCUAUCUGCAAGGCUUCGGUGGCUGGGACGGAGACGGUCUACUUAAAGUAGACUCGUACGGACUGGAGCUUAAAGUAGAGCGCAACGCCAAGUCGCGGAUGCAUCUGGCAGCUUUUAACCGCGUGGACCUGGAGAAAUGGUGUCGAGGGUUUAUGGCUGUACUGGACCCUCAAAGUGCAGCGGGGGAGGAGGUUCGACGCGAGCGACAUCGUGUCAAGAAGGAGGAGAAGAGACUGCAACAAGAACGAGAGGAACAGAUCCGCAAGUGGAAGGAGAAGAAGGCGCGGAUGAUCAAAGAAGAGCAGGAUCGACUGCUAGCCCGAGAGGAAGAGAUCAACAAUAUGACGCCAUUGGAACGGAUCGACGACAUUGGCUCGCUAGACGACGACACAGCCAGAAUGCUGGAGAAGAGGAAGCAGAGACUGCAACGUCGACAUGCGCCGACUAUGGGGAGAGUUAAUAAGGCAGCGUACAGACGAAGACUGGAGGAAGCCGCGGGAGGUAAAACGGAGAAUGUGCAACCCUUGCAUACCAAAGUGGUGGAGCAGAAGACGAAAGUUCGCGUGGAACUGCCUCCGCCAGGACAAUUUUUCGAGGUCGGUGGUGUUGUUCACAAUGACGCUACUUUGCGUCUAAGGUCUUCAGGGAGCGAUAUCUCGGACAGUUCUUCGAUGUCUUCGCGUCUUUCUUCAGUUUCGUCCGUGACGGGGUCUAGACAUGAUCAUGUACCUCCUCCCCCGCCGCCGCCUCGCUGGUCCAGUACUUCUCGAAUUUCCAUGUCUUCAAGAGCAUCGAUGGGCAUUCCACCUCCCCCGCCGCCUCCUCCGCUCUUUGACCACGACAAUUUUAAUGAUGGCAAGUCUCGAUUCUCAAGGUCCAGCAGCAGUUUACGCAGUGCGUCGUUUGAUUCGUUCGCGUUCGAUCGAGAUGAGGACCCCAUGGCAGCCCGCUCGUCUUUUUCUCAAAGCAGUCGCCGAAUUUCGAGUGCAGACAAGGGCAAACAGCAUAUUCAAGACAAUAUGGCUGCCAUUUUGGGCGGAGGGAGGCCAAAAUCUGCGUCUCGAGCAUCUCGUACCAGCCGCCGCGACUCGUUUGGGUCCACAAUGAGUUCCGUAACCACAGUUUCGCAUGCUGUGCCAGAUAGGAAGGCAAAGAAGAGUGCGAAUCGAUCGAAUGGAAGCAGCAGUCCCCCUGCUCCAGAACCUUCGAUGGCAAACGCCUUCGCUGCGAGUCUAGCUGCAAUCCGACGUAAUCGAGCUGACACUGUUGAGGAGAUGAGCGUCGCCAGCAGUGCCUUAAGUCCGGUAGCAGCCAACGGGAAGGUGCGCAAUCGGAAACGCGAUUCCCAGCUGAGUGCUGAAGGAAAGGAGAUUUUGAAGAAGGCGAUGGCGCAGGAUGUUUCAUCCAAACCCACGACCAAGUCGAACUCCGGUCGCAGAGGGCUAUUUGAUGACAGUAGCAGCGACGAGGACGAGGGUUCUGAUACGGGGCUGUUUGGUGUGGGUGGACGGAAAAGCAAGGCUGUUAACGGCAAUUCUCGUGCUUCGGCCAGUAUGCGUUCAAGCGAUUUGAGUGUGAAUGCACGUCCGACACCGAUGAAGAAGAAGGUCCCUGCGCCGUCUGUGAGCAGUGAGGAAGUGUCAAGUGACUCCGCCUCUGACAAUGACACCUCGUUCUUCGCGCAGCCACGCAAAAUGGUGUCUACAAGUCCGAAGAAUGUCCAUACUAACAAUAUUGGAGCUGGUGGAGCAGGGCCUAGUGUUGUUGUGUUAUUUACAUCAUCUGCGUUGCGUACCGAAGGCAGAAAGUCAGUUGGCGUGUUUACGUUUACGCUUCAGUUCGGGAACUUGGAGCACACGUUUUCAUUCACAUACGCGGAGUUUGAGGAGAUCCACACGCGCUUGAUGUCGGCUUUCCCUGGAAUUACCUUGCCGAAGUUCCCGUCUAAGCAUCGCUUACGCAGCAACACAAAACCGGAGAACAUGGAGAAGCGUGGGCAGGAAUUCCGUCUGUACUUGCAGCAGUUAGUGGCUUUACCGGGAGUGCUAUCAAGUGAGCGGUUCCAGUUUGAAUACCACAUUGACGGUGCUUUUGCGCGUGCACUGGCGAACGGACAGAAGCCGAACGAGAGUGCUUCGAACGGUGCACAAUCCGAUGGAAGGCCUCCAAGAAGCCCAGUUGCACCCCAUCCCAGGAAGGAAGAGACUGUUUCAUCUGCUUCAUCUCGAAGCGAUAGCCCGCCACCUCGAGCUGCCAAAGUAAAAGCAUCAAAGGGAUUGUUUGGCUUGGAUUCCGACCUAGAGUCCGAUUCGGACACGUCAGUUGAUACUCCAAAGCCAUUGACACGACAGCGAGGCGAAUCAGCAGCUUCAUCAACGCAGCGAAGGAAGCCAAGGACGUCCGACUUUUCCAGCAGUGUUAUCAGUUCGGUUGCUGAAGAUACGCAGCGUGGCAAGAAGAGUCGAUCCCGUUCACGACUGAGCUCUCGGGCGAGUUCCAGGGCGAGCUUUGCACCUCCUCCACCUCCUUCAGCACCUCCGAAACCAGCAGUAACGGGCUUGCCGCCUGGACGUCCGAACCCGUUCGGUGGUGGUCGUGGCGAUCUGUUGGCAGCGAUUCGACAGGGAACUCAGCUUAAGAAGAGUGACGAUUUCAAUGACUCGGCAGGUGGCAACUCUGAUGGUGCAUCGACCGCCGCGAAACCUCCGCCGCCACCCGUGACACAACCAGGCUCCAUCAAUGAAGCCAUCACGAAUGCCAUGGCGAUGCGGCGCAUCCACGUCGAGUACGAGGAGACCAAGUCGAACGCCGACUCGGAUUCAGAUGACGAUUGGGAUUAACUUGCUCUCGGAUUUAGUGGCGAGGUGAUGGAGGCUCAGCAACCUGCCUAAGCGAGCUCCAUUGGAAGAGCACGACGAUGAAAGGUAUGGAAGCGAGACCGUAAUAACGUUAUAGUAUGUACGACGCCGGGUAGCGGCAAAAGGGACGGUGGCUUAUGGAUGCCACCCAGCAUUUCUGAUUAGAAUUGUCAAUGAACACGUAAAUCGUUGGAUA